ACUCAUUCUGCUGCCACCCUCUGAAGACGUGCCUUCCACCACGAUUGUAGGUUUUCUGAGGCCUCCCCAGCCAUGCAGAACUAUGUUCUGGAAGAGGAUGUCUGUAAUCCUGCCCCUGUGAGGCACUGAUGGUGAUGUGCUACACUCUGUCCCACAUCAGCAUUUUUCAACCCUAGUUGUGUUGGAAUCACGUUUUUCCCAGGAUGUCAAAGAUAAACUGGAGUUUCAAUCUUGCUACCUUAAGAGCUGAGGGAGAACAAAGAAUAAAACAAGAAAAUAAAGCUGACUCUAUUAAAAGAACAGAGACUAUGGAAAUGAUGUUAGACAAAAAACAAAUUCGAGCAAUUUUCGUAUUUCAGUUCAAAAUGGGUUGUAAAGCAGUGAAGACAACUUGCCAUAUCAACAACACAUUUGGCUCAGGAACUGCUAACAAACGUACAGUGCAGUGGUGGUUCAAGUUUUGCAAAGGAGACAAGAACCUUGAAGAUGAGGAGCAUAGUGGCUGGCCAUCAGAAGUUGACAAAGACCAAAUGAAAGCAAUUAUCGAAGUUGAUUCUCUUACAACUACUCAAGAAGUUGCCGAAGAACUCAAUGUCGAUCUUUCUACAGUAGUUUGGCAUUUGAAGCAAACAGGAAAGGUGAAACAGCUCGAUAACUGGGUGCCUCAUGAGUUGAGCGAAAAUAAAAAAAAUCAUCGUUUUAAAGUGUCAUCUUCUCUUAUUCUACAUAACAACAAACGAACCAUUUCUUGAUCGGAUUGUGAUGUGCGACAAAAAGUGGAUUUUAUAUGACAGCUGAUGAUGACCAGCUCAGUGGUUGGACCGAGAAGAUCCAAAGCACUUCCCAAGCCCAAACUUGGUCACUGUUUGGUGGUCUGCUGCCAGUCUGAUCCACUACAUCUUUCUGAAUCCUGGUGAAAUAAUUACAUCUGAGAAAUAUGCUCAGCAAAUCUAUGAGGUGCACCAAAUACCGCAAUGCCUGCAACCAGCACUGGUCAACAGAAAGGGCUCAAUUCUUCUCCAUGACAACUCACGACCACACGUCGCACAACCAAUGCUUCAAAAGUUGAACGAAUUGGGUUACAAAAUUUCACCUCAUCCACCAUAUUCACAUGAUUUCUUGCCAACUGACUACCACUUUUUCAAGUAUCUCGACAAUUUUUUCUUUGUUUGUUUUGCAGGGAAAACCUUCUACAACCAGCAGGAUGCAGAAAAUGCUUUCUAAGAGUUUGCCAAAUCCCGAAGCACAGAUUUUUAUGCUACAGGAAUAAACAAACUUAUUUCUCAUUGGCAAAAAUGUGUUAAUUUUAAUGGUUCCUAUUGUGAUUACUAAAGAUGUAUUUGAGCCUA